AUGAGUGACGCUGACGAUAUUCGUGCUAAACGUUUGGCUCGUCUUGCAGCCUUGGGCCAGCCCUCUGCAUCCUCCAACUCGAGAACCAGUUCUUUGUCACGUCGAGGUUCGCCUUCGCCCACCACUCAAACUCCCCAGCCACAAGCUAAGAAGAAAGCGGAGGUGCCAAAGGAGACUGGUAAAAGCUCUGAAAAGUCGGAACAUCCUGGAAACUCAGAACACACCGAGAAGUCAAGAAAAGUCGAUCUUUCUACACCUCCAGCUAACCCAGAAGCUAGUAUGGACAAAUGGCUUAGAAACCAGAUUUCCGAUCUAUUUGAUGUAGGUUUUGGUGCUAGAAAAACCAAUUUCAUCUCUUUCGGGUCAUCUCCGCUCUCUGCGGACCUGUUGGAAGACGCCUUCGUAGAGAUUUUGACCGAUAUCGGUGUUCCUGGCGAACAACUACCUAUGGCAUAUCUACACCAGGUAUACACGCGGGCAUUUGCCCAGAAGAGAGUCUUGCUCAGAAAAGAUGCACUUCACGACCAGAAAUUGGCUUGCUUGAACAGCAUUAUCCGCUAUGCCACCUCCUACGGACUCAUCUGCUUCCAGAUUCCCGAGAUGGUGCUUGGUAACGAUUUGCAUAAGACAAUCACCUUGUUUAUCGACAAGCCAAACACUCAUACGUUCUUGGUGGACAUUGUAGCACGUGCUGUGGAGCUGGAGUUUCUUGUGGACUUUCUAGGAAUGUUGUUUCCCGCCAUUAGUGCUCGGCUUCAUGCCUUCAACAUCCACAAUGCGCAAUUUGCCAGCUACUUGACCAUCUGGGAGACGUUGGUGUCUAUUAAGGCUGUGGCUGCUGUUUUCUCGAAAAUCCCGGGCUUUUUACCACCAGAUGCCUCUAAUGGCUUGGACUUCGAACGCAAGACUCUCUUGGGUCCGUUAUUGAGAUUAUCUCCCCUUCACGAGAAUGUGGCAGUUUCAACGUUUGCAGGAGGUCCGAAGACCGAUGCCAUUCUUGAACUUACCGACUCCGCAUUGCUGUCUAUUUACUCCACAGUUCAGACCGAGUUCAAGGCCAUCUUUGAGAGAAUCUGGUUCAUUGUCGAUAAGUUGGUAAGAGGUUCGCCACAGACCAGAUCAGAUUUGCUUAAGUGGUUUGCAGACUUGGUCAAUGUUUCCCACUUAAGAACUGGUUCCCAUUCAGACAGUUCCAAGUUGGCAUCUGACGCUCUCAUGUUCAACAUUUCUUACCUCUUGAUUCGGUUUAGCUUGCCGUUCUUGGACUUUCCUGUGUUCUCCAAACUUGACAAAAUAGAUCCUGAUUAUUUUGGGCCCAAAUGCAAGUUAAUUGAUGUAUCUGAAGAGUCAAGAGUUUAUGCCUCUGCCAAGGAUGCUGGCCAAUACUACGAGAGCGCUAUGGAUGAGGAUGUGAACUUCAUUUCCGAUUGUUUUUACUUGACUUUGACCUACUUACAAUACGGAAUUGGAGGAGUUAUCACUAACUUUGGUAAAAUGAAAGACGAAAUCAAGAACUUCGAGAGACAAAGAGAAAGAUUCGAAGAUAGACGUAUGGCGCCCAUGUUGGCUAGAAUUUACGGAAGGAUCAAUGCUCUGAAGUGCAAAAAACACGCAAUUGAUGCCCUUGCUUUCUUCCGCCCGUUAAACUUGGAGAUUUUCGAUUUCAUUGUUGGAGCGUGUCAAUUCAUGGUCCGUGUCAUUGAUCCAGAACACAAGCAUCCAACACCAAAGGUGUCGAUUCCUCUUUUACAGAUCGAGAGAGUCAGUCAACUUGAUGAUUAUGAGUUUCUUAAGUCUAAGACCCCGGAGCCAUGGAAGUAUUUCCCAGAGUUUGCAGUGGAAGGAAUCAUUAACUACUGCAAAUUUGUGACUUCUUACAAUUUCAACCCAUUAAUGGAUAAUCCAGACAAACUAUCUGUCUUUGCGGAAUAUGCCACUAUUUUGUUGCGUUGCCCUGAGCUUAUCGGAAAUCCCCAUAUGAAAGGAAACAUUGUGGAGAUUUUCUUCAUGGGUACCCUUACUUCUCGUCUGGGUAAACCUGGGUACUUCGCUAACAUCUUUGAAACCAACACCUUGGUCAAAGGCAAUUUGUUGUAUUCGCUCUUGGAUAUUUAUGUGAUGAUAGAAAAGACUGGAGCAUCUUCUCAGUUCUACGACAAGUUCAACACAAGAUAUUACAUUUCGAAAAUUGUUGAGGAUUUGUGGAAAAUCAAUCACUAUAAGCAGCAAUUGAGUGGGUACUCUAAGAACAACGUGGACUUCUUUAUUCGAUUCAUUGCUCGUAUGUUGAAUGACACUACUUUCUUGUUUGACGAAUCAUUCAACGAGUUGAAUACCAUUCACAAAUUGCAAGAAGAACUUAAAGCCCGAGCUCGCGGUGAACCAGCAAACGAGGAGGAAUAUGGAACAACUCAGGAAUUGGAAAAGAACUUGCUGUCGGCGGAGUCGAAAGCUCAAUCAUAUAUGGGAUUGGCUAACGAGACCAUGAAAAUGUUCAUUUUGUUCACAAAACAGGUACCCGAGGGAUUUACAAUUGAUGAGCUUGUUGACAGAUUGGCCGGUAUGUUGGACUACAACUUGAGUCUAAUGGUGGGACCCAAAUGUUCGAACUUGAAGGUGAAAGAGCCUGAGAAGUACCAGUUCGAGCCUAAGAAGAUCCUUUCUGAUAUUUGUACUGUCUACUGCAACUUGAGUAAGCAAGAUAAGUUCAUGCUUGCAGUGGCUCGUGAUGGCCGUUCGUUUAAUGUGCUGUAUUUUGAGCGAGCCAGAGACAUUUUGACCAAGAAAACGCAAUUCAGUCAAGAUGUGAUUGAUCAAUUCUACCAAUUCGGUAUAAGGGCCGAUGAAGAGCGACUUGCAAUCGAGCAGCAAGAAAUGGACUUGGGUGAGGUUCCAGACGAGUUGUUGGACCCAUUAAUGUUCACCCUCAUGGAAGACCCAGUGAUCUUGCCUGGCUCCAAGGUGACCAUUGACAGGUCUACAAUCAAAGCACACUUGCUCAGUGAUUCAACUGAUCCCUUCAAUAGAAUGCCAUUGAAGAUAGAUGAUGUCAUUGACGACGUUGAAACUCGCGAGAAGAUUGCCUUGUUCAAACAGGGUAAGUAUCAAGUAUAG